AUGGUGCCGCCGCCUCCGAGUCGGGGAGGAGCGGUGAGGAGGCAGCUGGGCAGGAGCCUGGGUCCGCUGCUGCUGCUCCUGGCGCUGGGACACACGUGGAGCUACCGAGAGGAGCCCGAGGACGGCGACAGAGAAAUCUGCUCAGAAAACAAGAUCGCCACGACGAAAUAUCCGUGUCUGAAGCCUUCGGGUGAGCUCACCACGUGUUUCAGGAAAAAAUGCUGCAAAGGGUAUAAAUUUGUUCUUGGACAAUGCAUUCCAGAAGAUUACGACGUGUGCGCUGAGGCCCCCUGUGAGCAGCAGUGCACGGACAACUUCGGCCGAGUGCUGUGCACCUGCUACCCGGGGUUCCGGUACGACCGGGAGAGACACCGGAGGCGCGAGAAGCCCUACUGCCUGGAUAUUGACGAGUGUGCCACCAGCAACGAGACGCUGUGCGCACACACGUGCAUCAACACCGUGGGCAGCUACCGCUGCGAAUGCCGGGAGGGUUACAUCCAGGAGGACGACGGGAGGACGUGCACCCGGGGAGACAAAUACCCCAAUGACACUGGGCACAACGAGAAGUCCGAGAACGCAGUGGAGGCUGGAAGCUGCUGUGCCACGUGCAAGGAGUUUCACCAGAUGAAGCAGACGGUGCUGCAGCUGAAGCAGAAGAUCGCCCUGCUCCCCAGCAGCGCUGCCGACCUGGGCAAGUACAUCACCGGCAACAAAGUACUGGCCUCAAACGCCUACCUCCCGGGACCUCCUGGGCUGCCUGGGGGCCAGGGCCCUCCUGGUUCACCGGGACCAAAGGGAAGCCCGGGCUUCCCCGGUGUCCCAGGACCUCCCGGGCAGCCUGGCCCGCGGGGCUCGAUGGGACCCAUGGGACCAUCUCCUGAUCUGUCCCACAUUAAGCAAGGCCGGAGGGGCCCCGUGGGUCCGCCAGGUGCACCAGGAAGAGACGGCUCUAAGGGAGAGAGAGGAGCUCCUGGACCCAGAGGGUCGCCAGGACCCCCUGGGUCUUUCGACUUCCUGCUACUUAUGCUGGCUGACAUCCGCAAUGACAUUGCCGAGCUGCAGGAGAAGGUGUUUGGGCACCGGACACACUCGUCAGCGGAGGAGUUCCCUUUACCUCAGGAAUUUUCCAGCUACCCGGAAACCAUGGACUUUGGCUCUGGAGACGAGUACCCAAAAAGAACCGAGAUGAGGGACUUGGGACCCACCAGAGACUUUUAUCCUUAGCAUGUCCUGUUAUCAUCAUGCCAAAGGAGGGGAAAAGUGUUUUUCACCUGCAGUUAAAUCCUAUACAAAAAAAGAAAAAGAAAAA